AGCUGUAUCUGCUUCCCACCACUGUUGUGUUGAGUGUUGACUUCUUGCGACCGAAGGGAAAUAAGUCGUUCAGAUUCAGCUCAAACAACCACAAAACAAUAAUUGUCCCCACGCAGCUCACACGUCAAAGGGAAAAGAGCCAGUCACGCCAUCAGUCAAUGGGAAAGAGGUGAAAAUGUUUAGCUUCGAGGGCGAAUUCAAGACGAGACCCAAGGUAUCACUCGGAGGAGCAAGUAAAAAGGAAGCGAAAGCAUCCCUGCUGCAUCGCACUCAAGAAGAAAGAAGAAAAAGAGAGGAUGAGAGAAAGCGACUGAAGAGCGCCAUCAUCAUUCAGUCCUAUGUACGCGGCUACCAUGAUUUGAAACGACAGUAUGCAAUACAGAGGGCCACUUUUGACGAGUGCGCCAACCAGACGCCGCACAUUUUGGAAGCGCCCACCCUCAGUCUGUUGUCGCGGCGGCUCAUCUUUUUCUAUAGACAGAGCGUGGAUGCAAAUAGAUUGAUAUGGCUGUGCCAGAACCUGGUGAAACACAACGCUCACUUUGUUAAAUUUCUGGUGGGUCCGCACAGGCAGACGUGUAUGUUUCAAAUCAAGAGGAUCCUGGGGUUUUGCUGCAGACUCCUUCAGAACUGCGGCGACGACAGCUUAAACGUGGCCGUUCCCAUGCGGAUGUUAGAAAUCUUCUCCUCAGAGGGAGUCUACUUGCCCGUGUUGGCCGACGCCAGCCACGUGGCGUCAACAGUCGAGCAGAUUUUGCACUAUAUGGUCCAGAAAGGAUACUACAGGUCACUGUACGUUUUGGUGAAUCACCGCCUCCCUCCCAGUCUGGAGUUCACCAACUCUCCUUCCAUUCCCUUGGCAAGCACACUAUUGGAGCACAUCCUCAAACCUUUGCACUUUAGCUACUCCUCCUGCAUAGCGGGCGCCAGGCAUUUUGUCUUCUCCGCCUUCACCCAAGAGUUCAUUUCGGCGCCCUUUACGGAGCAGAUCUUUCACUUCUUCAUCCCGGCCUUGUCAGACACACGGCUGGCCUUCCCCUUCGAGGCCUUUCUAAGCUCCCUCCAGGACACCGUCAGCUCUUCCCCUGUCGCUCGGAACUGCGCACCCUGGAUAUUUUACUUUGUCCUUUCCGCAGGAGAGAACUGCUUAGGUUCACUAUCAGAGGAAGGCCUGCUGCUUUAUCUAAGUGCUCUGCAGACGCUGCUGCCUCUUUUACCCGUAACUGAGAGCUGCAGCCGGCCCGAGGUAGGCAGCGAUUCGGAGGACGAAGACGACGCCGUCGUGCACCUGCCGCCCAUGAAGGAUGACAGUCACAUCUCCCUGCAGCUGAUCACCGACGAAUGCGUGCGCAAGCUGGACACCAAACAGCAGACCAACACGCUGCUCAACCUGGUGUGGAGGGACUCGGCGAGCGAGGAGGUGUUCACCAUGAUGGCGUCCAUCUGUCACACGCUCAUGGUGCAGCAUCGGCUUCUGGUUCCCAAAGUCAGACUUCUGUACAGUUUAGCCUUCAACGCACGUUUCCUGCGGCAUCUCUGGCACCUGAUCACCUCCGUGACGACCAAAAUGAUUACCGGCUCCAUGGUUCCGCUGCUGCAGCUGAUCUCGAGAGGCUCGCCCAUGUCCUACGAAGACUCCAACCGCAUCAUUCCGCUCUUCUACCUCUUCAGUUCCCUCUUCAGUCACUCGCUCAUCUCCGUGCACGACAGUGAGUUUUUUGGACACGAAAUGGAAGGUCAGAGGCAAUCGUCCAUGAUGCCUUUUACCCUUUUGGAGCUGGUAACUCUCUCCCGCUGCCUGAGGGACGCGUGCCUCGGCAUCAUCAAGCUGGCCUACCCCGAGACCAAGACGGAACACCGCGAGGAGUACAUGGCGGCCUUCCGCAGCGUCGGCGUCAAGACCAACACGGAGGUGCAGCAGCGCAUCCAGGCCGAGCAGAAACACUGGGUGCAGCUCUUUAAGGUCAUCACUAACUUGGUGAAGAUGUUGAAAGCUCGCGACAUCCGACGACCUUUCUGCCCAUCAGGUCACUGGCUCUCUCAGGAGGUCAACAUCCGAGCUGACAAGGUCACUCAACUCUACGUGCCGUCUGCCCGACACGUGUGGAGAACGAGAAGGAUGGGCCGCAUCGGACCCCUUCAAUCAACACUGGAUGUGGGCUCUGAGCCGCCACAGCUGUCCGUGUCGGAGGAAAGACAUCUGGCCAUCCUCACCGAGCUCCCUUUUGUUGUUCCCUUUGAGGAGCGCGUCAAGAUUUUCCAGAGGUUAAUCUACGCCGACAAGCGAGACGUACAGGGGGACGGGCCCUUCUCCAACGGCAUUGUCGUCACCAUCCGACGUAACUACAUCUACGAAGACGCCUACGACAAACUCUCGCCGGAAAACGAGCCAGACUUGAAGAAAAGAAUCCGGGUGCACCUGCUGAACGCCCACGGUCUGGAUGAGGCGGGUAUCGACGGCGGCGGGAUCUUCCGCGAGUUCCUCAACGAGCUCCUGAAGUCCGGGUUCAACCCAAACCAGGGGGUCUUCAAGACCACCAACGAGGGCCUGCUGUAUCCCAACCCCGCCGCCGAGACACUGGUGGGGGAGUCCUUUACGCGACACUACUACUUUCUCGGCAGGAUCCUGGGGAAGGCUCUGUAUGAAAACAUGCUGGUGGAGUUGCCCUUUGCCAGUUUCUUCCUGUCCAAGCUGCUGGGCACCAGCGCUGAUGUGGACAUCCACCACUUGGCCUCUUUGGACCCGGAGAUGUACCGGAAUCUUCUUUUCCUCAAGAGCUAUGAGGGCGACGUGGAGGAGCUGGGUCUCAACUUCACCGUGGUCAACAACGAUUUGGGAGAGGCUCAGGUGGUGGAGCUAAAGCUAGGCGGGAAGGACAUUCCCGUCACCACGGCCAACCGCAUCGCGUACAUCCACCUGGUGGCCGACUACCGGCUCAACAAGCAGAUCCGACCGCACUGCCUGGCCUUCAGGCAGGGCCUGGCCAACGUGGUCAACUUGGAGUGGCUGCGCAUGUUCGACCAACAGGAGAUCCAGGUGCUGAUAUCUGGUGCCCAUGUGCCAAUUUGUCUUGAUGACCUGAAAAAGUUCACCAAUUACUCAGGGGGCUACACGGCCACCCACCCUGUCAUUCAGAUCUUCUGGGAGGUAGUGGAAGGCUUCACAGACGAGGAGAAGCGCAAGCUGCUCAAGUUCGUCACCAGCUGCUCCAGACCCCCUCUGCUCGGCUUUAAGGAGCUGUACCCGGCGUUCUGCGUCCACAACGGCGGCACCGACCUGGACCGGCUUCCCACGGCCAGCACCUGCAUGAACCUGCUCAAGCUGCCCGAGUUCUACAGUCAGCACCAGAUGAGGAACAAGCUGCUCUACGCCAUCGAGUCGUCGUCCGGCUUCGAACUAAGCUGAGGCUACAGCGUGCACUGAAUUUGCUGAGGUUUUUUUUUUUUUUGAGCCCCAAUGGACGGACCGGCCUCGCUUUCAUAGGGCAUAGUCGCUAUUUAAGAAAAGUUGUUUUUUUCCCUUUCAGUUAAAUUCAAAUUAGCUUAUCAGGAAACAAAAACAACGAAUGGUCAUUUUUCCACUGCACAACGCCUACUUUCUGUUGAUGCUUUUGCGCUAGUAUGACAAGUACUCGCCUGAUCACUAAUUGACACUAAUUCAAUCGUAAAGUCGGAAUUCCACAUCAGAUUUUUUUAGGAAAAAACAGGGUAGAAAACUCGGCCAUAGAUAUAAAACAAAGAACUGUCAAGACAGUCAAGAACCCCCCAUACGGAAUCGUUAUAUUUAUCCACCAAAUGGCAUGCUGCAAGAUUUCAGUCUUUAGUUUCUUCUAUUUACGUUAGAACUCCUUCAGCCUGGAGUAUACAUAAAAAAUAAAUUACAUUUUGGUGUGGAAGUGUUGAAAUCCUCCCAAUAUGAACACAAAAGACUGACUUCUACACGGAUUAGCCUUUUGUCGGAUAUCUUAAUGCUAACGCGAAACCUAUUGGGGAAACUCAUACAUAACUCUUUAAGCAAACGAUAUUUGAACACAAAGGGCGCAGAUGGGAAUUGGACAUUCACUAUAAUAGCUGCACUCAUAUUCUUUAUCCUCUGCGAGGAUCAUAGAAGAGCUGUAGUUUAGACUGUACACACAUUCAUGUACAGUAUCUCCAUGUGUCUUUUAAAAAAAUGCUUUUUCUAGGUGGCCCAGGCUGGCAGCCGCAUAAUCAUUCAAUAGAUGCAAAGUUUGACACAAAAAAAAUUUUCAUUCUUUUUAUGUCAUGACUUUCAGAGCAUUUUUUUUCUCAGUACAUAAACUUUUUUUUAAUUGUAAUUUUUAAUUGAAUGUAUUGAUGGCAUUUCCUUUUAUUUCAGUGUGAAAUGAUGAUUUGUAAUUCAAGUGAUUUCAGUUACAAAUUUGGUCACAAUGAUUUAAAUUAAUAUCUAAAGGUGUUCAUUGCAUACUACACAACCAACUAACCAACUAAGACUAAAUAGUGUGGCAAUGUGGGUUUUUUAAGGCAGAUGACCCCUAAACCAAGGCUAAUAAUGCUGAGCAGUGCAAAAGCAACAUUAGCGCUUUGUAGUGUAUAUCUUUUUUUUUCCACCAAAGAUGAAGUGGCAUCACAUAGACUAUAUUAUAAAAAAGGGCAAUACAAGAAUAGAGGGACUGUGAAGUGUGUGCCACAACAGCAUUCGUGAUUUCUUAUAAUAUUCCUAGCGUGUCAUAGCCACAGCAGCGAACGCGGACAAGGUUUUUGUUAAGGCGGAUUUAUUCAGCGGGAUGAUGUAUUUGUGAAUAUGUACAUGUUCUCUCUUGUAUGAUUCAUUAUUUCUUCAGUAUUUGUACAGGUUUCCUUGCUGUGUGUGUGUGAGAGAGAGAGAGAGCGAGAGAGAGAGAGAGAGAGAGAGAUUGUGUCAUGUGGUUAGAAUUGUUCCGCGUAGCGAAAACAGAGUGUAUGGAAAUGAAUAAAUCCACUUUUCUUUUU